CUGAGACCUGCCCAGUCCUUCCCGGGUGUGCCAGCAGCGCAGACCUGGAGUGUAGGGGCCGCUCGGUGGGGGCUGUACUAGCAGCAUGGUGUGGGCUCGGGCGGCCCUCAGUCCCUGUGCGCUCUGGGCUGCAGCCUGGGGAGUGUUGCUGCUCGUGGCCCCCGCAGGGGCGCAGCGGGGCCGGAAGAAAGUCGUGCACGUGCUCGAGGGUGAGUCGGGCUCGGUGGUGGUGCAGACAGCUCCUGGGCAGGUGGUCAGCCACCGGGGCGGCACUAUCGUCUUGCCCUGCCGAUACCACUACGAGGCAGCCACCCACAGCCACGACGGCGUCCGCCUCAAGUGGACUAAGGUGGUGGAGCCGCUGGCCUUUACCGAUGUCUUCGUGGCGUUGGGCCCCCAACACCGGGCGUUUGGCAGCUACCGCGGGCGGGCCGAGCUACAGGGUGAUGGUCCUGGGGACGCCUCCUUGGUUCUCCGAAAUGUCACGCUGCAGGACUAUGGGCGCUACGAAUGCGAGGUCACCAAUGAACUAGAGGAUGACACUGGCAUGGUCAAGCUGGACCUGGAAGGCGUGGUCUUCCCUUACCACCCCCGUGGAGGCCGCUACAAGCUGACCUUCACGGAAGCACAGCGCGCGUGCGCUGAGCAAGACGGCAUCCUGGCGUCGGCGGAGCAGCUGCACGCGGCCUGGCGCGAUGGCCUGGACUGGUGCAACGCGGGCUGGCUGCGCGAUGGCUCGGUUCAGUACCCGGUGAGCCAGCCCAGGGAGCCCUGCGGCGGCCUGGGCGGGGCCGGGAGCGCCGGGGUUGGCAGAGGUACCUCCGGGGGCGUGCGCAACUACGGCUACCGCCAUAACGCGGAGGAACGCUACGAUGCCUUCUGCUUCACGUCCAACCUCCCGGGGCGAGUGUUCUUCCUGAAGCCGCUGCGGCCCCUGCCCUUUUCUGGAGCAGCGCGCGCGUGCGCGGCGCGCGGCGCGACCGUGGCCAAGGUGGGACAGCUAUUCGCCGCGUGGAAGUUGCAACUGCUGGACCGUUGCACCGCAGGCUGGCUAGCAGACGGGAGCGCGCGCUACCCCAUCGUGAACCCGCGCGCGCGAUGCGGCGGCCACCGACCAGGUGUACGCAGCCUCGGGUUCCCGGACGCCAAGCGCAGCCUCUUCGGUGUCUAUUGCUACCGCGCUCCCGGAGUGCCCGACCCUGCACCAGGCGGCUGGGGCUGGGGCUGGGCGGGAGGUGGCGGCUGGGCCGGAGGUGCACGGGACCCGGCUGCCUGGACCCCGCUGCGUGUCUAGGCCCAGGGCAUGGACGGCUGGGGGGCUUGGCGACUGGCCGAGUGCCCUGCUGUCCCCUGGAGACAGAUCACGUCCCCUACAACGCCUAGGCUGUAGGCUGACCAGGCUCCUGUGGUCCUUGAACACUGACCACACCCCCAAAACUGGCCAGUCCCGGGGAGAAAAGUCCCCCUUUCUUGGACAGAUUUCCCCUACUCCCCUGACUUUCUCUAGGAGACCUAGCACAACUUCUGAGGACCCCUGGAGGCCAACAGACCCCGAGGUCUCCAGAAGACUACUCCUCCAGAGGUCACCUGGACACAGACGGAACUAUUCUCGAAGUCACCUGGAGGCUGGACCCCCGGGAUUAUCUGGAGACUGGCCACGCACCCUCUAUCUCCCUGGAGACUGAAGACUUUACUGUCACCCAACAACUGAACCAUCCUCCCAUCACCUGUAGAAGAACUAGAAACCACAGAGUUGGACAGGUGACCAUGGCCCCAAAGUCACAUGGAGACUGUGGGCUCCUGUCCUCUCCCUAUGGUGACCUGCUGAUUGGGUAUUCCCAUUCUUCCCCCCUCCCUCUGGAGUCCCCUGAAGUUUCCAUAGUAACAGACCAAGUCCCCAGGUCACUGGAGAGCAGCCCCAUCUUUCUAGUUUCAGGGGAGACCACCCUUUGUCAAUGCUCAGACAGAUCGACACACCCCAGCUGGGUUGUAUGACUGGCAGCUGUGCCCUACCCUCAGGUAUCUCUCUGGAAGGGCAAGUCUGCCUCCACCUGACCUCCUUUUUCCUGGCUGUCACCAAAGAGACCAUCCCCGGGACCCAGAGACCCAUAAAACCCAUGUUACGUGCUAUGGAAGCAGGCCACUCCACUUCCUAUUGGCACUAAGGCGACCAGACCAGCUUCUCUGUCACCUAGAGUCACACAGCCCUUCCCUCAUCAGUCACACCCAUGGAGAUAGUGCCUCUCUCCUCUAACCACGGAUCUGUAACCACGGAUACUACACAUUCCCCAUCUCAUCAGCGUCCACCCCAGAGACCUACACCUCCACUUCUGUUGUUCCCACCCUGACCAACAGCCAUGGAGCCCACCCUCCCUGUAGCUGUCCAGACAGUGAACCAACAUUCAGUUCUCCAGCUCUCACCAUGGAAAUGGGCUGCCCUUUCCCCAGGCCCACCCCAGCUCCUUGCAGCCCUCCAAGCUCUACAGCUGUUGCCAUGGAGACCAAAGUGGAGUCUGAGGUAACAGAACACCUGUCUCCCUAGGCUUUUCCUUGACAGCAGGGCCCCACCCACCAAGCUGUCACCAUAGAGGGUGUUAAUAUCAUCCCCAUGACAACUGACCCCUGACCCCCAGCUCUCAGGAACUAAUCACCAUGGCAGGAACUGCACCUUGUAGGUCUUAAUGGCUGAGCCUACCUGGUGUAGGGGCAUUAGGUGGGCUCAGCCCCAGGCAGCAUCCCCAGACAGGGCUGGACUUCUGGAGCUGCUGGACACCCUCCGUUUGCACGCUAACUAUACCCCAGACAGCAGCUGUGCACGACACACCCUUGCAACACCCAGGCGUUUUCAUUGCCUCUGUACAAAUGAGCAAACUGAGGCACUGGCAUGCCUUGGCCCUUUGAGCUGUGCGAGCGCUGGGUUUCCCUUUUUCUCUCGGAGACCCCAUCCCCAUUCUCACCUAGCUCUUCUCUGCUUCCUUACUUCCUCCCCUACCCCGUUUCCCUCCUUAGAGAUCCAGGAGAUGUGGAAUGUUCUUAAACCUCAAAAUCCACUCUGAGCUCCAGAUUUUAAGGGGAGAUUCUUGCUAAGAACUCAGGAGCCAGCCAGACUCCCCAGUUGAGCGCCACCCAGCCAUGGGAAAUCCCAGUUCCAAGGUCUUUCCUGCGCAGCCCUGGGCACCCUCCCGGAGCCCGCUUUACUGCCCCAUCCAUCUCAAGGACACCUGUCUGUGGGUUGGGAACCCGGUUGGCUUCGUUCUAAUCCUGCCUGUGACCAAAUGACAAAACCCCUGAGCCUAUUUCCUCCUCUGUACCAGGGCUGCUACGAGGUCCCAGUGAGUGCAAAGCAUACA